GCGAUGAGUAGUGGUUCACGUCAUAUCUAGCAUCGUAUCCGACUACCUGUUGUUUCUCAGUCGUUCAAAGGGCGGCCCUAUGUAGAUUUAGCUAGCGCGACCAGGGGGGUAUCGAGUAUAGUCACAAGAAAUAAUAAAGCAAGAGCAAUGCUCGCUCACAUCGUUACAACAUUCAAGUCAAGAAAAGAAAGAAGGGAGAAAAAAAAAAGACCCUCAAGUCCCGCCCAUCUCGGCCUCGACGGCCCUCGUCUCCCGCGCCAGCUCGUCGGCGGCCCCCGCGGCGAGGAGGGCCUCGUUGGCGCCAGAUAUGUCGCCGAUGACGGCCUCGAGCUGGCUCAGCAGCGCGGCGGCCUCGCGGCGCUGGGCCUGGAUCUCGUCAAAGAGGGCGGCGUUGCGCGACUGCGACGUCUGCAGGCGGGCGUUGAGCUGGCUCUGCUGGGACGCCAGGUGCGGCGCCAGGUGGGCGGCCAGGAUGUCGUCUGGGGGGAGGAGGUGGGGUGGGCUUUUUUUUUGUUGUGGUUUGCAUGUUAG